UUCUUCCCCAGAGUAGUGGAGAUGUUGGAAGGGUCUCGGGCGGAAGCCAUGACUGUUGUCCUUCCCUCUGCCUCUCAGGAACGUCUACAGGCUGAACGGCACACAGUUCUGCCUGCAUGUCUUUGACAGUAUUUUUCACGAUUCUCCUCACCCACCUUCCGAAUGAAGAUUAACAGGUAUGCCAAAGGAAAAAUAUGAUCCCCCGGAUCCACGGCGAUUAUACACCAUCAUGUCCGCAGAGGAGGCGGCCAAUGGGAAAAAGUCAUAUUGGGCAGAAUUGGAAAUAACUGGGCGGGUGCGCAACCUAAGCAGCUCCCUAUGGACGCUCACACACUUGACGGCACUGCACAUCAACAACAACAACCUGAGUCGCAUCCCAUCCGACAUUGCCAAGCUCCCCAACCUGGUCUACCUGAACCUGUCGUCCAACAAGCUCCGCAGCCUGCCCGCAGAACUCGGCAACAUGGUUUCUCUCAGGGAAUUGCUUUUGAACAACAAUUGUUUACGAGUUUUGCCUUAUGAACUUGGGCGGUUGUUUCGCUUACAAACCCUGGGUCUAAAAGGUAACCCCUUAUCCCAAGACAUCCUUAACCUGUAUCAGGAGCCAGAUGGUACCAGAAAGCUUUUGAACUACAUGCUUGACAAUCUAGCAGUCCACCCCGAGCAGCUUCCUCAAAGACCAUGGAUCACUUUGAAAGAGCGCGAUCCAAUGACUUCCUCAGCUGUGUUCACAGUCAUGAGCUACAAUGUCCUGUGCGACAAGUACGCCACCCGGCAGCUGUAUGGAUACUGCCCCUCCUGGGCCCUCAACUGGGAGUACAGGAAGAAAGGCAUCAUGGAGGACAUCACCAACUGUGAUGCUGACAUCAUCAGUCUGCAGGAAGUAGAAACGGAACAAUACUACACCCUCUUUCUGGAAACACUAAAGGAGCGUGGAUAUGACGGGUACUUCUGUCCAAAGUCUCGUGCCAAACUGGUGUCGGAACAGGAGCGCAAGCAUGUGGAUGGUUGUGCUGUGUUCUUCAAAACUGAGAAGUUUUCCCCGGUGCAGAAACACACAGUUGAGUUUAAUCAGGUUGCCAUGGCAAACUCUGAGGGCUCAGAGGUCAUGCUGAACCGCGUUAUGACCAAAGACAACAUUGGUGUCGCUGUUCUGCUGGAGGUCAAAAAAGAGCUUUUCUCUGACGGUAUGAAGUCCUCACAAGAGAAACAGCUCCUCCUGGUGGCCAACGCUCACAUGCACUGGGACCCGGAGUUCUCGGACGUGAAGCUGAUCCAGACCAUGAUGUUCCUGUCCGAGCUGAAGAGCAUCGCCGAGAGGGCCUCGUCAUCCAUGGCCUCGGACUCCCCGACCUCAGAACCAGGCGUCAUCCCCAUCGUCCUCUGUGCUGACCUCAACUCCCUGCCAGACUCUGGUGUUGUGGAGUAUUUGAGCAGUGGGGGAGUAGCGGACAACCACAAGGACUUUAAGGAGCUGCGUUACAGCGAGUGUCUGACCAACUUCAACUGCAACGGCAAGACUGGGAAGUCAGACGGCAGCAUCACGCACAGCUUCCAGCUGAAGAGCGCCUACGAGAGCAACCUGAUGCCUUUCACCAACUACACCUACGACUUCAAGGGCGUGAUCGACUACAUCUUCUUCACCAAGACCCACAUGAGCGUGCUGGGCUUGCUGGGCCCGCUGGAGACCCAGUGGAUGAUGGACAACUGCAUCACUGGCUGCCCGCACCCCCACAUCCCCUCCGACCACUUCUCCCUGCUGGCCCAGCUGGAGUUACACCCACCCCUGCCCCCCCUCAACGGCCUACACCUGACCGUCCACAGGUAGCGCGGAUCCCACCCCUCCCCCUCCCCCACAACUCCUCCCAACCAACCCUUCCUUAUGCUCAGUGCCACCCCACCUCCCCAUAACUCCUUUUUGUUGACAAUACCACCCAAACCCCACCACUGAACAGCCAUACCAUCAGAAACUCAGUCACACACACUUACUCUGUGGGAGUGAAGUAAUUUGCCUACUUUUGCUCCCUUUAUUUGCACAAGAUUGUAACUUUUUUCCAUUUGGGGAGGGAAAAAAAAAGAUUAAAUGCUUGAUACCAAAUUAGGGUUGGGAUCUCCUCACUUAUCAGACAUUUUGCUGUAGACAACAAAGUAAGACUUGUCGAUCACUGAUUUGAUAUGGUUUAAAACCAUGCACAUUUCUACACUGAGGAUGAGUAGACCUUGUGAUCUGUUUCAGUCUAGUCUGGAUGACAUGACCAAGCCACUCACUGAAGGAAGUCACCUAAUAGGUUUUUUUUUUAAAUGUGUUGGCAUUCAGUCAAGGCCUUUAACAGUUAAAUGUUCUUCUCUCCAAGUCCCAACCCUUCCCCACUUUCCUCCUAAUGAAUUUAGCUUUCCGUGUUUUGGUUUUGAGUGGAAAUGUUUUUAGGUCAGGGCAACUGCUGUUACAGUGGAAGUUCGACUUUCUUUAUGUGUGUGUGUGAUCUCUUCAUUGUGCAAUGUUAAAACAUUUCAUCCACCGUUGGUAUUUAACAGUAUGAACCCUGCUCCUAUUUGUGGUUGCCAUGGAGAUUAAACAGGAUCCCAACCCUCUUGACUAAAACCCAGUUUUUGUUUGUGGCUUUUCUGUGUUUGUACUUUUCUGAGGGUGUCCUAAUAACUGCUUGGCCUUUGAUUUGCUUGGCAUCUUUGUGCUACUUACUUCUGGCCGAUAUUGUUGGCUUUAUCACUACUGGAGUGUUUCCUUUGGGAGCAAAUUCCAAACCUUGCCCCCACUGACAGCUGUUGCUUAGAUGGUAAUGGUAAAUGGACUCUAUUUAUUUAUAGCACUUUUCUACUCCUAAAGCACUCAAAGCGCUUUACAGAUGAAUGCCUCAGAGAUCUACCCAUUCAUACACCGAUGGCAGAGGCUACUAUCUAAGUUGCCAACCUGCACAUCGGGAGCGGUUGGGGGUUCAGUCUCACUUCAAAACUUGGUGAAGAGGAGUCGGGAUCGAACUAGCAACCUUCCGGUUGCUAAACGACUUUUCCGCCUCCUGAACCUCUAUCACUUCCAAAAAAAAGAAAGAGAAACACAGAACUUAAAGAAAAUGAGUAUGGCCUGAGAGUUCCAGAAGCUUCUAAUUGACUCACAUCAAAUGUUUGUCCGUUACCAGGCUACAUGGCUCUCUCAUUCUCUUUUGCCCAAUCACUGUAGAUUUCCAUGCUCGGCUAUCAUUACGUUGCCCAACCUAUCUAGUUUGUCCCUCUGUGAGAUUAUUUGAAAUCAGGAUGGCAGUGCCCUUUAUGAUUGGACAGUGCAGGUUAUUUACUAAGGAGCUCAAAAUAAAUUUCACAUCCAUUUUGUUUAAUUACAUAAUGUUAGCAGUCAGUCUGUCAAUCAUCAACUUCUCAUACAUUACAGAAAACAAAGAGCAUGUUAAUGGUUCUUCAAACACAUUGCAUGUAAUCACAGCAUUUGUGAAAUAUGUGAGUAAGGUACUGGGAUUGUAGUGUGGAUUGUGGUUGAGAGACCUAUGCUAGGCUACAUGUAGUGUUGUGAUUUUGAUAGCCUAAAGUAGGUUUUUGAUUAUUUUUAUUUCUAGAAUGAUAAAUGAUAUUUGUGAAAUGGCUUUUUGUGGUGUGCACUGCUUGUAUGCCAAAAUGAGAGGCUUUUGCUUACACACUCUUAUAAGUGAAUUUUGUAUUUCUUGAUUAACUCUUGUUUGAAUAAGCUAAGUGCAACACAAUCCUCCUUACAUUUAACCUCUCCUUAGACACCUGUUACUUGAGAAGACUUGUCAGUAGUAACACAUUUUUCGGAGGCGCAUAGAUUUCCAUUUUUCCCCUAUCUUGUACAUCAAAUAUCUGUUUUGUCAACUGGUUAAAGGUUUCUUUGGAAAAUGAAGGUAAUCCAGAGCCCACAUUAUUAUAAUGACAGCCUUAGUCAACACCGUUUAACCUCACCUAAAGAGAUGAGCUGUGUAUUAUUCACAGCAAGCACAUCCAUCUGAGGUGACAAGUAGGAAUCACAAUGGAAAGAACCAACCCACCCACCCACCUCGGGUUUGAUGAGCGCAUGUGGUGGCCUUUUCCUCCCCUCCACUUCCUCUGAGGAGACAUACACUCAAAGGUCACCCGAGCUUUUACUCACAUAGAGUAUGCACGAAGUUCAGCCAAGAGAGCACAUGAGAUUUGCAUUCAGAAUGGCAACUCGUGUUGGAAAAUUGAACUCAGAACAGCCUUUCGUGCUGCAGAGUGGGAUGCUCACUCACCCCUUUUUCAUGUCUCCUUUCCCUUUUUCACUGGUAUAUGACUAAUGUGCCUAACAUGGCCAUUGUGGCGCCCCUUUCAGAAUGUACAUUUCGUGUGGCAGCAUACGAGUCUGAUUGCAGAGGAAUAAACCAGAUUAGUCAAUGAAUGUCAGUGCAUCAGUGCAUUGUGUGAUUGCUUUGGGAAACUAAAGACACUUCUUCUGUUGCCACAUCAGAUGUGUCUCUAAUGCCUUGCGCCUGGUGUUUAAUCACAUAAUUAACAUUUAACAUGCAUUCACGCUGCAAUGUGGCCAUCCACUUUUGAAGUCUAAUCACAGAAGUCGUAGGCAAAUUCUGAAAUAGCAUGUGCACUUUUUAUGGCUAUAUAAACACAAUUCUGUGUGCAUACGGACUGUUUUGUUAAAGGUGAGGAUGCCCCCCCACUGUCCGCUCGCUGCGUGUACCGUGUGGUGACUUUUGUCCAGACCUGUGCCUAGUUUGUACUGUCUCUUCAACAGCAGCACUGCCUGUGACUCUCAGAAGCUCAAAGACUAGACCUUCAGCUCCAGAGCUCCAGCAGAGCGCUCCCUUCCCCUCUGUGUGUCCUCUUGUCUGCCCAGCACCAGCAACAAGCUGUCGGGGCUGAGGUCUCCCACAGUGGAGCCGGUCCGAUAGGAAGCUCCGCUGCCUGCCACGGUCUCCCUUGGGUUUCGCGCCACAGUUAGGCGAUCAUCUAGAUCCACUACUGCUGCACUGCUGCCAUUUGCUGCCAUAGCCCCCCCGAAAAGCCAGCUUUUACGUUCUCCGACCUGACCCCCUUCUCCCCCCACACCCACCCCCAUCUCAAGCGUCACCGAUGGCACAGCUCUUCACGCUGACUGCAGGAGCACCUGGACCUCCUCUCUCCAUUUCUCCUUCUCGAGAGCAUGUGCAUCAGUGGUGAAGAGUUAAAGAUCAGCACGUGACGGCUUUUCGAAGUGAGAUGUAACGAGUGUGUCAGGCUUUAUCCCAGCAUUGUGUCUGUUGAAGGAUAAGUCAUUUUGUUGUUUUUUUGUUUUUAAAAACCCAGAUUUCUUUUGUACCUUUACAUGUGGAUAUCCUCUGGGCAAAGAACUGUCACUAAAACUGUCAGUGUUCUUCACCCGUUAUGAUCGAUCAUGUCAGUUAGUCAGCACCCCUAUAGACGAACAUGGUGAAUUGCAUUACAAUGAGUUAAAAAGUCAGUUUGGGAGAAGCAAAGUUGUGUCUCUGAUAUGUGUCUGAUAUGAGUUUUUAAACACUAUCUGGUUAUCAACCUGAAGCACAGCCCUUAUCAAUGGCUCCUUAAUCAACAGAAUUUUUUUGGUUUGUUUUUUUUGCAAAAUGCAGUAAAAACAAAACCUUUUAAUUAUAGUCUCAAAUGAACUCGAUGUAACAACUGGUGUAUAAAUCACUUUAUGGAUUAGGAACUCUUGGUCUUUUCAAAAAUGAAAACAAUUAUAAUAUUAAAUGAUCUAAUGGUGUUCACAUCCAUACAUUGCUACACUGGCUAGCACGGUGUGCAGCAGCUCCAGUGGCCCAGCCUGUUGUAUGGUGUGGUGCUGAGCUGAAUGAGUGGCAAGAGGGGCACUCCUUGAACACUCACUCUGCCUUCUCAAUGUCAAUGUGAACUCCAACCACAGAUGUUUCAAGUGCUGACUUUUUAUAUAUGACACAUCAAAUUGUUUUGAAUGAUCAAGUUAUGGAUCACACACUGCAAGGACAAUGUCCGUCAUUGUCCCCUGUCAUGAAGGCAAUAAAAUUGUCUUUGUAAAAAAAGAAAAAAAAA